UGGGUAGUAUUGAGGGGCGGGACGGAGGUGGAGAUCCGGAUCCGGAGCGGCUGAAAGGCGGAAGUGGAGGCCGGAGCCUGGGACACCGCCGGGGGGGGGGGAGAGAAGCGAAGCCUGUCCGAGUCCCGGCCCCAAGUAACGCUGCCGUCCCGGAGCCGCCUUGGAGGUCCCCCUCCCCACUAAGUGCCUCUUUGCAUAGCACCGGUCCCGCCCCGCUCUCUGGACCACUACAGCUAGACGGGCAAUGGCGGGUCGGGGAGGCACAGCACGACCCAAUGGGCCAGCCUCUGGAAACAAGAUCUGUCAGUUCAAGCUGGUUCUGCUGGGGGAGUCUGCGGUGGGCAAAUCCAGCCUUGUCCUCCGCUUCGUCAAGGGACAGUUUCACGAGUACCAAGAGAGCACAAUCGGAGCGGCCUUCCUCACACAGACCGUCUGCCUGGACGACACAACAGUCAAGUUUGAGAUCUGGGACACAGCUGGACAGGAGCGGUAUCACAGCCUGGCCCCCAUGUACUAUCGGGGGGCCCAGGCUGCCAUCGUGGUCUAUGACAUCACCAACACAGAUACAUUUGCACGGGCCAAGAACUGGGUGAAGGAGCUACAGAGGCAGGCCAGCCCCAACAUCGUCAUUGCACUUGCGGGUAACAAGGCAGACCUGGCCAGCAAGAGAGCCGUGGAAUUCCAGGAAGCACAAGCCUAUGCAGACGACAAUAGUUUGCUGUUUAUGGAGACAUCAGCAAAGACUGCCAUGAACGUGAAUGAAAUUUUCAUGGCAAUAGCUAAGAAGCUUCCCAAGAACGAGCCCCAGAAUGCAGCUGGUGCUCCAGGCCGAAACCGAGGUGUGGACCUCCAGGAGAGCAACCCAGCCAGCCGGAGCCAGUGCUGCAGCAACUGAGCCCCCCUUGCCUGCCCGCUGCCCCCACCUCCUCCGCCUGAAGGACCCGACUGGAAUCCACUCUAACCAAUCGCACUUAACGACUCGGGCCACCACUGGUGGGGGGCACGGGGGAGGGGUCCACCAUGAUUUCUUCAUAUAAUUUUGAUCAUAGGCUGGAGUGAGGUAUUCCACCUGCACCUUUCUGUACAAAUACUAAUUCAAUUUUAAGUCUUAA